AAAACGGCGUGGAAUUACUACUUUCACGUCCAAACGCAAACAGAUGUGGAGUGACUGUCCAAAAUUUUGACACAUCUCAUCCAGGAUACUCCGAGAAACGACGGACACCAAACUUCUCAUUUUUCCCCCACGGAAUUUCCACGGUACAUUGAACGGUAACGAUUUACGAUCGGUGUCAGAGGUUAGAGGGAUUGAGAAGGAAAACAAGGAAUCGCCAUGAGCGAGUUAAGCCAAGAGGAAGUAAGGAGAAGACGAAUGGCUCGUUUGGCAGGCUUGGACAAUAUUAGUUCAGCAACUACUUCAAAUCACAAUGCUAGUCCUGUUUCUCCUAGCACACCAGGUCCUUCGAAAGCAUUUACGGGACAGAUGAUAUCUCCAUCUAAGCAACAACAAUUUCCAAAUCCAGAAGUAGCAAUGGAAGUAGAAGAAAGUAAUGACAAACAAUGUACUUCUGGAGUGGAUGUGGAUUCUGGAAUUGAGAAUAUGGAGGUGGAGGAAUCUGACAGAAAAGACACAAAAUCAAGAUCACGCACUACCAGUUCCAGUACAGAAGGGACAAUAGAGCAAAUACAUUCUGUGGUCUCACGAGUAUUAUGCAUAUCAUGGAAAGAGCCAGCAGAGGGUACCAUAUUCCUUCCACAAACAGCUGCGCAAGCAUCCAUGCAAAAACUUGUGGAUGCUGCAGAGAUUAUCAAUCAAGCAUUAAUGGAGGUCCUGUGUAUGUUCACACGAGGAGAAGAUCCUUUGAAAGAAAUUACUACAGAGACCUCGUCGGAUAAGGAGGAUAGCCCUAACAGUCAAACGAGUCCAUUGUUAAGCCCAGUCGCGACACUUUGUCGUUGUGAUAUUUGUUAUAAAUCGUCUCAGCCUAAGAGUCUCAUUUAUUUAUUAGAUUGUUAUUCGAGAGUCGCCGUUGAAGAACGAAAUCACCCAAAGAAAUCAAGUAUCCCACCAUUUUCUGAUGUGCUAGCUGUUUUAAGAGCACAAUGUGUUCAAUACUCCAGUGUGGUGCUACAAGGCCUAGUGGGCAUUCAUCAGUCUUCGAUGACGCAUCAUUUAUCCAUGACACUUCUUUUGUAUCCAAUCCUGUCGCAGAGUCUACCCCGAGGCUAUUUACAUGAACUCGUGGCAAGGACGCACACCAAUCCAGUAGUAUUUAAUAAAAUUUUUACACCAUUGUUGCAAGGCUUGUACUUGUGUAUGCAGAAACCUAGUUUGGUAGGAAACACACAUCGAAGGCCGAUAGAGGCGUUGGAAGAGUUGAUAGAAAUCCGUUGCGGACCGACCAGUAACAUACGUCCAAUCUGUCGUUUGAUCACUCAUCAGACCCAGUUCUUGCCAGACAUCAUGACCUCGGCAGCUGGCAGAGAACUUACCAUAACGUCUUUCCUUGGGCCGUUCUUAUCGGUGUCCGUUUUCGCCGAAGACCAGCCUAACGUGGCUGAAAAGUUUUUCAGCGGUAAUCCGUUUGUCGACAAGUCCAUGAACUUAACGUUGCAACAAGAGCUGGAAAGCACAAGAACGUCUCUUCACAAAAUUCUCCAUGCAAUUCUCGCGAACAGCAACUGCCGUGACGCCAUGCUGACGUAUUUGGCUACGUUAUUGCGCCACAACGAGAAGCGUGCUCAAAUACAAACAGAAGAGUUCUCCCUUGCCGGAGAUGGAUUCAUGUUGAAUCUGUUGUCGGUCUUGCAAAUGCUGUCCGUGAAAAUAAAAUUAGAUACCGUCGACACUCUGUAUCCGUUUCAUCCAUCGAGCUUCAUUGAAAUAAAAAAUGAUACCAAGCUGAAGCUUUCGUCUCAAGAAGUCUCCGAAUGGCUGAAACACUUAGAGAGAACGCACAAAUGGGCCGAACCGAAGUUUCCAACGCAGUGCUGGUUUCUUACCUUGCAUUGCCACCAUAUAGCGUUGUUACCAGCUUUACAGAAAUAUCAGAGGAAGCUAAGAACGUUACGCGAUGUUCAAAAAAUGCUCGAUGACUUACAAGCAACUGAGCCACAAUGGAAAGACACACCUUUCGCUGGGCGCAAUAAGGAAUUAAUAAAACGUUACAAGGAACAGUUGAAGCAGCUUGGAAAAUCGAAAUCAUGCACAGACGCUGGAUUAAUCGAUCCUGUCUUGUUGAGAAGGUGCUUGCAUUUUUAUAUUUCUGUGGCGGAGGUUUUGUUAAGUUUGUUGACCGAAACUCCACCGGGAAAUCCCCUUCCUGAACUUCCUCUACCGCAAGAGGUACCACAAAAGUUUACAGCACUACCGGAAUGGUACGUCGAAGAUAUUGCAGAAUUUUUAUUAUUUACUCUUCAAUUUAGUCCUGGUGUAAUAACGAAUAAUAUGGACAACUCGCUCAUUACAUGGUUACUUGUUGUAGUCUGUACUCCGCAUUGUAUACGAAAUCCAUAUUUAAUAGCGAAAAUUAUUGAAGUACUAUUUGUGAUAAAUCCCAGUGUUCAGGGACGAACCGAAUCGCUGCACGAUCAGGUUAUGGCGCAUCCAAUAUCGAAAACACUGUUGGCAUCGUACCUCAUGAAGUUCUACACCGACGUUGAAACGACUGGCUCCAGUUCCGAGUUUUAUGACAAAUUCUCGAUCCGUUAUCACAUUAGUUUAAUACUGAAAUCCAUGUGGGACAGUCCAGUUCACAGGGAGUCAAUCAUAAAUGAGAGCAAUAAUGGCAAGCAAUUCGUAAAGUUCAUAAACAUGUUAAUGAACGAUACCACGUUUUUACUAGAUGAAAGUUUAGAAUCGUUGAAACGUAUACACGAAAUCCAAGAACUGAUGUCCGAUUUGAAAGCGUGGGCAGCAUUGUCGCCCGAACAGCAACAUUCGCGCAUGAGACAAUUAACGGCAGACGAAAGACAAGCAAGGUCGUAUCUAACGCUAGCCAAAGAAACUGUGGCCAUGUUUCAUUAUUUGACAGUGGAUAUUACGGAGCCGUUCUUACGGCCGGAGUUAGUGGGAAGAUUAUGUGCCAUGUUAAACUUUAACCUGCAACAAUUGUGUGGCCCUAAGUGCAAAAAUUUGAAGGUACGGAAACCACAAAAGUACGGAUGGGAACCAAGAGCUUUACUUAGUCAAUUGGUUGAUAUAUAUUUGCAUCUUGACUGCGAUAACUUUGCGGCUGCUUUGGCUAGUGACGAACGUUCUUUUUGCAAAGAAUUAUUCACCGACGCGGCGAAUAGAUUAGAAAGAUCGGUAAUUAAAACCACAACGGAAAUCGAAAGAUUUAUAGCGCUCGCGGAACGCGCUGCAGUUAUUGCUAGGGAUAAUCGUGCCCGCGACGAGGAUUAUGGUGACGCACCCGAAGAAUUCCGAGAUCCGCUGAUGGACACUCUUAUGGAAGAACCUGUUAAACUUCCGUCUGGUAUUGUAAUGGAUAAAGCAGUCAUUAUCAGACAUCUUCUCAAUAGUGCUACAGAUCCCUUCAGUAGACAACCUCUCAGCGAAGACAUGCUUACGCCAAUGCAUGAAUUAAAAGAGAGGAUAUCAACGUGGAAGCAGCAAAAGAAAAAGUCGACGAAUAUAUAACUUGUGACCGAUCGCGACA